AUGUCCAGGCUCUUGCAGAUCCCACUGCUCCUGCUAACUGCCCUGUUCUUCGUGGUACAGGCACAGGAGAAUGGGGAUGUAUGGAGAAAAUUCAUUGAUAUUGAACCGGACCAUGCAUUUUUCCCAGAGACCCUUCGAUUUUCUGUAAAGCAAUACAACAAGGACAGCAGCGAUGAUUACCUCUACCAGAUGACCCAGCUGAUUCGCGCCCAGGAGCAGCUGUCAACGGGAUUUGAGUACCUCAUCGAGUUGGAACUCAGCAGGACCAUGUGUACAAAAGACAUAGUGUUUGAUCCUGCUGAUUGUAGCCUUCAAGAGGACCCAAAAUUAUAUAAGGUAAUCAAUUGUACUUUUUUUGUUUUUGCUGUGCCUUGGAAUGGACAAUAUGAGCUGAAGAGAAGUAACUGUACUAAUAUUUAGCUGGGUUCC